UGUCUUCCGCGGGUCAGCUGGGUAAGUGCGUGUGUGUGUUUUAGAGUUUUAGUUUUUUUGUGAACCCUUUCCUGGGACAGGAGCGCGCUUGGCCGGUGUGUGUGUGUGGGUGCGCGCUGCCGCACCGACAGACGUCAGCUCCAGUGGGUGAAGGAGGGUGAGGAGGACACGCAACUGUCCGUGCAGGAGUUUUUCGGCGAUCCAGCAAAAAAAGGGCUUCUUGAUAUAAUGUGGAAUAUGUUUAUGUAGUGCGCUGCUUUGCUUCUCUGCGAGGGGAUGAUCCUAAAAGAGAGUUUGUAAAUUAACUUCUUCUCCGUUUCUUUCUGUUUUAUCUGUGUUGUUGUAGGCGGCUUCAUCUUCUGCUUGUGAAAAGAUUAUUAUGGACAGAACCAAUGUUUUAACUUUGUAUAUAUUCUUAAUCUGAGUGGAUUUUAUUUACUUUGUUGUUAUAUGUACAGUCCAGUGGUGAGUUUAUUCACAUGUUACCCGUCUGCUAAAUCUGCUGUAUAUUUGCCAACAUCUAUAACACAUUUCCCUACAUCAUAAUGUAGCUGUAACCCUUUCAUGAAUUGUAGCAUACACCUCAUUUAUAUUCUACAUGACGGCAGGCACGAGAGUUAGCGGUCCUCUAAGACUGAUAUCAUCUGCAAUGUGCUUAAUACGAAUUUGGUUACAGUAUUAUAUUUGCAUUUAAUCCACUUUUCUUUUAUUGAUGGGAAACGCGGUGCCAUUAAUGCAUAGUUGAUUUUUACAUAACAUUUCUGAUAUGAUCUGAUAUGAAAAUAUUCCUGUACCUAUUAUAUUUCUUCACCUUUACAGUUAUAGCUUCUCAGCCCAGGUUUUCAUUUGAAAUUGUAAAUGUCUCUCCCCAUCAUCCAGGACACUCAUGUACUCUGAGGAUUAUGUCGCUUUAAGCCCAGUAUCUAUGAUAUUUGCAUGCCAGGAAAGACAGUUGGGGGAGGAUGUCGCUGACUUGUGUGUGUGCAUUAAAUUGCGUGAUUGCAUGCUUGUGUGCGAUUUGGAUGUCAACACGCGUGCUCUACCCUCUGUGUGCGCAGCUCUGCGGGGAGGGGGUGAUGGCGGGGGCUGAGGUCACCGUGUCUUCAGGGGAACCGGUGAUGCCGGUGAAAGAAGAGGAGAGCGCCAAUCAUAAGGCCCAAGUCAUCCUGCACCUGCAGCCCAUCCUGCACGGGGAAAGUGAUGACAUUGCAGACACUGGCACUACAGUGUUGGCCAUUGAGACGCAUCAUGAUGAAAGUAAAGCCGAGGGAGAGGAAAUUGAAUACGGCUACCCCAUCACCUGUGGAGACAGCAGGGCGGUGCUGCUGUUUAAGAAGUUUGUUUGCCCAGGAAUCAACGUCAGAUGUGUCAAGUUCAAUGACCAACUCAUCAGUCCUAAGCAGUUCGUUCACCUGGCAGGAAAAGCUACUUUGAAGGACUGGAAGAGAGCCAUCAGACUGGGAGGGGUUAUGCUCAGGAAAAUGAUGGACUCGGGCCAGAUAGACUUCUACCAGCACGACACUGUAUGCAGCAACACCUGCCGCAGCACCAAAUUUGAUGUGCUGAUCAACAGCACGCGGCUUCCUUCAGGGACCUCUGUGCAACCAAGCCUGUCGAGCCUGGCUAUUGACCCUGCUGGAGGACAGGUGCCUCCCUUGGCAGCAGAUGCGCAUAAUGCGGCGGAGGUGGGGGAGCCUUUGGAUGGGGACAAGUUAAGCGCGGAGUGGGGCGCCGAUCCCCCUCGGCUCGCGAACCCCGCGACAGCCAAUGGGCACUCUGCCAAGAGGAAGAGGCCUGACGCUCCCGAUGGAGUACUGAAGCUAUGGAGGGGUGUGGCAGACUCUGGGAUGAUGGGCGAGGUCCUGUCCACUCUGCACACGGAACUGAUCACCACUUUCAGGGGGGUGGAGCUUCGCUGUGAGAAGGCCAACCUGCAGGAGACGGAUGCCAUCAUACUGAAUUCCUUGUGUGACAUGUUUGGACUUUUGGACCCAGUGAAGCAAGCUCUGGACCUGAGGCGCAGCCAGAACGAAGGGAACAAAGUCAAUAACGGCGCUGAUGUGUUGGAUGAGAUUGUGGAGAACCAGAAGAAGCAAAGUUGCAAUAAAAGCGCACCUUGCAGAAACUCAUCCUCUAAACACCUCCGACCUCAUGGCCAGUCAAACAGCCGCGGCUCGCCGUCCCCCAUCCAAACGAGCUCGUUGAUCCAGCCGCUAUCUGCUGCCGGCUUAUCUGCCGCGUCCUACGCUCAGCUCGCAAUAAACCCUCAUCUCUUCACCCAUUUCUCUAAUAUCGCCGGCCGGCGCCACCGCGCCGGAGCUGACAGGACAGACAGAUAUUGCCACGGCGUCGCGCCGGAGAGGGAGCGGGAAAUCAAUGAGGCGGGGAACCGGGAUGAGGCUUGCCGGCUGGGACGGGAGGGCAGCGAAGAAGAGGACACCUCAGGGAUCCGCGAGGAAUCCGCACAAAGGACCGGAGAGUUUCGGGACGGCUCUCUCGUCAGAAGUGAGGAGCUAGAGGAGACAGAAAGACUGCGUGACAUUGAACAAAUGAUUAUAGGGAGAAAAGCAUCAAAGAAGCAUAAAAGUAAGUGAGCCAGAGGGAUUCUGCGGGACGAAUCGCGGGCAAUUGUGCCCGAGAGUAAAAGAAGACACAGUGGUGGGAAACGGUUAAAAAGCUGAAUUACUUUGUCAAACUUUCUCUUGUAUGUUCAAAUAUAUACAGGAGGUGGUUUUGCUGUGGUCCCUGCAGUGGUUUUACAAGCACAUUAUCAAACACAUCUUAAAGUAAAGGUGGGAACACACCCAUUAAGGGACAUAUUGAGGGACACACUGGUGAGGAGACUGUUCAGACCACAUUUUAAGGGACUGGGGCGCUUAGGAACAGACUCUUUAUGUGGGUGAGCACACGGUGUUUCCCAGACAUGUUGACCGACUGCUCACCCGACAUUCCCCCCAUAAACAGAGUCGUGUCUCAUUCAUUCAAAGAAUACAUGAAUAUAUUAUAAAAUACAUAAUGCUUUGCAGUACGGUGGCAUUAUUCUGUGGCUCAUCUCAUUUACUGAGAUUUCACUGAGCAAAAAAAACUUUUCACUGAGACAAUAAUCCGUGGUUAUGUUGAAGACAAUCGUUAGCUGCAGCCCAAAAACCCAAAGUUAUUUCUCGUUUUUUUUUUUGGAUAUGUUACGACCAGACAGCAGGCAAAUGUGAAGUAACUCAAAAUGUUUCCAAAUUACUAAAGACUGGAUUCAAACGUCUGUAAAUAUGACAUCUGAUUCUUUGCCCCUCGCCAAAAAGGUGGCCGGUAGCUUUUUCUUAAACUCAACGCUUUUUCUUAAUAUUUGUCAUUGAAUAUACUUGUUGUUUGAGUUGAACGUGUGUUUUGAAUUUUACAUAAUCUGGAUUUUGUAAACUGCAUCUCGCUCAGGCUUGUGUUUAGUCCCCGAGGGUCUAAUGAUGCCUCAGACCAGAUCUAUGCACCAGACUCACAGCCUGAAGGAGACAUUAUUUUUCAUUUCUGUCCGUGCAGACUAUUUAAACUCUUUAAUAUGCACAGUUGAUUUUUUACGGAACACGGUCCUCUUUCAUGUGCUGCAAAUGCAGAACCCAUUAAUUUCCUUACCCUCUCUUUGUUAUAGGAACAGGAGAAAGUGUGAUUAAGAAGUGGCACUAAAGGUCCGCGAUGUCCUCGCGAGAUAAUGAACACGUUUCAAAUAAAUUCAAAUUUAAACUUUCCGCUUAA